UCGAGUUCGAGUUAAAGUUGAAAAGAAAUUUAUUUUGUGACUGUCAAAGUUGAAGAAAUUUGACAAAGUUUAAAAAAAAUAUCAAGAUUGACAAUGACAGGAGAACAAGGAACUUUGGAUUCGUCAUUGGGUGGGCACUAUAUGAAUAAGGCAAGCAACUAUGGCCCAGCUGUAUUCAAAACAGCAGAGUUGGUUUUAAGUUUGGUUUGUUUAGGACUGUUUGACGAUCCUGCAAAUAAUUCACGCUUUAGAAUAUUCGUUGGAACACGAACUAUCGCUUUAGCCUAUGUUACAUUUGGUUCUUUUGUUGUCAUCUCAGCUGCUUAUUUAAUGGGAAAAGCAUUCCGAGACACUUUUCCAUGGAAAGUAACAGCCUUAUUAAAUCUCGUUGGUACAAUUUUGUUUACGGCAUGUGCAAUUAUAAUACUUAAGGAUUGGUCAGAUACUAAGGAAAGAAAUUACUGGCCCCCAAAUACAACAAGAAUGGACCUUACAUGUGCAACUGGUGCGAUUUCAAUCAUCGGGGCAAUUUUUUUCCUUUUCGAUAUGCUAUUUGUUUUUCGUUUAGGUGCACGUGGUGAAAUCCAGUAAACCAUUUCAUUUUGUAUUCUAUAGAAUUAAUUAAUUUUGUUGACACGUUUUUUAAGCGUGUUGACAAAUAUUAUUUUGCAUAUUCGUCUAUUUAGAAAAUUUACUAAAUGAAGCUCUUUCAUAAUUUUUUUCUCAUGAAUAUAUUAAGCAAAAAGGAAAAGAAUAUAUAUAUCACAUCUAAUUUUUAAAACCUAUCUCAAAAAAAUCU